AUGGCGUCCGCAGCUCAGCCUAUCCCCUGUGACCCUCACUCGUCCUUUUUCGGCCUCAUGGGCGUGGUAUGCGCCAUGGUCUUCUCCAAUGUCGGAGCGGCCUACGGUACUGCCCGCAGUGGCGUCGGUAUCAGCUGCAUGGGUGUCAUGAGGCCUGACCUCGUCAUGAGGUCCAUCGUGCCCGUUAUUAUGGCUGGUAUCCUGGGUAUCUACGGACUCAUCAUAUCCGUCGUCAUCGUAUCACACAGUAAGUGCCGGGCCGCUGACACACGAACCCCCGCAGUCGGACACCCCGGAAGCUACUCCGCCUUCAGCGGAUACGCCCACCUGGCGGCUGGUCUCAUCGUCGGCUUCAGUGGACUGGCCUCCGGAUACGCCAUCGGUAUCAUCGGUGACGCCGGUGUCAGGGCCAACGCCCAGCAGACGCGCCUGUUCGUCGGAAUGAUUCUGACGCUCGUCUUCGCCGAAACCCUCGGUCUGUACGGUCUUAUUGUUGCCCUUAUCGUGGCGCUCAAGCCGGUGCCCGGUCUUUGCUUGGCCUACGCCGCGGAUUCGGGAAGCCACUAA